AAGGGUCACUUCUGAGGAUGCUGAGUUAUUGAGUGGAUCCUGCCCUUUGUGUGACCCUUCCCUGUCUCCAUAUUAGAGGCAGUGGUUUGUGGUGAUGUACACCACAUAAAAUAUAACCUGGUUACAAUAUGACUUUUUCAUUCAGAGAUGCAUAGCAUCCACUAAGGAAGUGGGGAAGAUGUUACUGAACUAUAAGCAUGGACCUCACUCUCAAUAUGGUACCUAACACUUAAAAGCAGAGACUGGCCACAUGAUGAAAUGUAGAAUGUACCAGUUGGGAAUGCAUGGGCACCUUCUAUGAGUAGCUAGUUCUAUGUGUAGAUAUCCCAGGGUAUAUGUGUAUGCAUUAUGGCUUGGGUAUGCUUAUGCUUGUAAUAGGCUGCAGACUGGCAUCUAGAUUCUCUACCUAACAAAACCAGCCCCACUCACAUGCAGAGUCAUUGCCUUGUGAAAUUGGUUCCCCAUCAUCAAGCUGAAAUGAGUUUGCUAAACUUCAGAAAUGAAUCAAUUCAAAAAUCAUUUGGGACUAGGACUGUGGGCACAUGUCCCCUACUAUUAGACUUAUCCAAUGCAAGCUGCUCUAUUGUUGCCGGGUAGACAUUGUAAUUAUAGUAGGGGCUGAAGGGGAGAGGUUGGUGCAGGGGGAGGUUGAGUGCUUCAGAGGAAACUUUAUCUUGGGGGCUUAGAUAUUUUAGGGGAGAGGAGGUGUGUUAUGUGACACUUCACAGUCUUGCUUGAAGAGGGAGGAGGGGGGAUCUUGUUUUUUGGCAACUUAAACAUGUUGUUAGGGGUAACCAGAUCCUUGGGAAAGUAACUUUAGAUUCCUUCGAGUCAGAGGAGGACAAUAAGGUAGAGCGAGAGGUUCUCUACCUUCCCUCCCACUCUCCCCCCCUGACUCCCUUUUCUCACCCACCUCCCCUCCACACACCUACGGUAUAUGCUGUCUCUGUCGACCUGUUCUUGUCAUCCAAUUCCCCUCGACACCUACAGUAUAUGCUGUCUGUCGACCUGUUCUUGUCAUCCACUUCCCCUCCACACCUACAGUAUAUGCUGUCUCUGUCGACCUGUUCUUGUCAUCCACUUCCCCUCCACACCUACAGUAUAUGCUGUCUCUGUCGACCUGUUCUUGUCAUCCACUUCCCCUCCACACCUACAGUAUAUGCUGUCUCUGUCGACCUGUUCUUGUCAUCCACUUCCCCUCCACACCUACGGUAUAUGCUGUCUCUGUCGACCUGUUCUUGUCAUCCACUUCCCCUCCACACCUACGGUGUAUGCUGUCUCUGUCGACCUGUUCUUGUCAUCCACUUCCCCUCCACACACCUACGGUAUAUGCUGUCUCUGUCGACCUGUUCUUGUCAUCCACACACCUCAUUUUAUCAUCCCCUUUUUUUCUGACUCCGUAUGUCCACUUUUCACUCUCCUUCCAAGAAUACUAUUGAAGGAUCAUUGGGCUACCUGACUGUUCAACGGUUCAGGGUCCCAGACAGUAACAUGCUCCUUCAUGUGGUGAGUUUGGCUUCCAGACUUCCACCCGGUGCAGCGUCUGUAUGCUUGGAGACUGUCUGUUCAGUCAACUGGACAGAGUGGCUCAGCCAUGUCUUUACACAUCAAUAAUGUAAGCAGCUGAGAAGUUGUAAAAACACAUUUUAUUCCCAUAGACAGACAAUGAAAGAGAGUACUGGGAUAUCAAUGUGCUGAAAAUAUAUCUUCAUUUGAUUUAUAAAAGAAUAAAGGCUAUCAGCUAAAUAGGCUAUCCAUUCACUCAACAUUUUGGAGCAAUCUCAGUCAUUUUGCCAGUGUCUGUGUGCGCAUGGGCAGUGCUAUUGAGGUCAUCUCCAUUUUGAAGUAGUCCAUUUUCUUCUACUACUUCUACGAGUUCUCAAACAAACUGGAAGGGUACAUACUGCCACCUGGACAGUGUUGUUUGAACAGGUAUGAAGCCAUGGUUGGCUAUUUACUGACACCUGCAGUUAUGGAAUGUUUGCUCACAAGUAUAAACAAUUAUAUGAUCCUUCCUUAACCCAUAGGAAGUCCCUCUCAGUUGUAAAUGUCUGUUCCUUUCCACCAUCUGUACGGUGGUGGACAUUUUGACAGCAUUGACCAUAAAAAGAAAGGUGCCAUGUGUGCUGUUUGAGUGGGAUACUGUGUGUGUAUGUGCUGUGCAUGCAUGCGUGUAUGCAGAUUAAUUUACCUCGUCUGGGGCUCUCAGGAGCUCAUUUCUGCAGUGCCUCUCCACCUGAGAGACCCCAGUGGCCCCCAGGGGCCAUGGGCUGUGAUUGAUCCUGGACCUUCUCAUUAAUAAACACAGACCCACGUGUAAUGUGUUUUCUAACACCAUGUUCCAUUGUUACAUCCCCCAAGGAUAUGGUAGGUAUGUAAGACAUGUGUAAUUACAUAAUAACAGGUGCAUUGAAAGCUGAAGACUAGGGUUUAAAAUGAGACUAUGACAAAAAAUGGAGGUUAUACCACUGAACUACUUUUUUUCCCCCACAAAACACCCACACACAUGGUAAGUUCAUCUUUCACCUAAGUGUUUUCCCUUUUACAAUUGGUGUUUCCUCUUGGGAAAAUAGGUUUAAUUCUAUCAGGUAGUGCAGGUGAAGCAACUAACUGUAUAUCUUUCCACAUGAUUGAUGUUGUGUCGUCUGUCUUGUGUAUUUGUUUGUGUGUUUAUGCCCAUUAUGUGUCCCCUGCUGACAUUAUCACUGCCAUCCUCCUCUCUUCUGUCUCCUAUCUUCCUAUCACUCCCCCUUUCAUCUCUCUAUCUUUCUCUGUUCCUUUCUCUGCUCCACCCCCCCCCCUCUCCCAUCCUCACCCUGACCACUGGAGCAGCAUGAGGAUGGAUUUUAAAUACCCAAAGGAGUACCUAGGCUGGCUGUACUACCAGUACCUGCUCAUCACAGGCAUAUACAUCAUUGAGCCCUGGGAGCAGUCCAUCUUCAACUCUGUCCUCUUCUCCUCCAUGGCCAUGGUUAUCUACACACCCUACGUCUUUGUGCCUGUCCACGUGCGUCUGGCACUCAAGUUCUUCUGCGGGGAACAGCCAGAGAGCACCGUGGCACUCAUAAACUAA